AUGUUUUUAUCAGGUUAGUCCAUCUUCAUCCGCCUAUCCAAUCAGCCAUGGCCAUAUAGAUCACAUUGGCAGUAUUUGCCAUCACAUGCGCAAACGCGAGCUCAACAGGAUGUCACGAGCUAAGUACUAUAUGCUUCCUGCUCUCAUUGAAUCGGUGAGGACACUCUGUGCUGAAUACGGAAAGAUGCAGGGUUUGUCAUUGCAGUGCUUCCAGGAACCGCUUCUAGUUCCCGUUGAACCAGGUUCUACAAUUCAGGUACUUUAUGGCCUUUAGUCCUCGUGCCGUACACUUUCUGUUUUGAUUUGUCAGGCGUUUUAACAGUUAUUAACAGUCUGACUGAAUACUUAUCUGUGAAAAGCUCGUCUGCUUCAGCGGGGCAUGAACCCACGACAGAGGGAACAAAGUUUGAGUACACCCAACGCCUUAAUCACCUGAGCCACAAUAUACCGACCGAGGGUUUUUGAGUUUUUCGUAUGUGCUGCAACAUAUCUAGUCUGCGUCGAUUCGAGUGCAUCAAGUUGAAUUCCUGGACAAGUUUCCUUAAACCCUCCGCGUUGACAACUUUGAUGUCUCGUCUGCUCUUUCGACCGAUGUAAAACUGCCAAUCUCCUCUGGGCCGUUUGGCUCUGUCCUCUUGAUUGAAAAACUACCCCGUGAUCUGUCGGCCUAAAUUUAGCUGUAGCGAGUCGUUUCGUGACUCCGAGUGAAAUUCUGGUAUUUGCUUUUCUCGUGGUGCGAGCACAGAACUCAUGAUCCUUUUGUGUUGUCGCUAGUGACUGUCCUUCGGCAGGUUGUCGGUAUCUUUGAAUUAAGAGUUGUUUAUCAUCUAGAGUAUACGUAUAAAAUGACAUAUUUUGCUCACAAACCUACGUAGCCUGGCCAUUUUUACUUUGGUCUCUGGUUCUGCAUGCAUAAUUUGCUUUAGGGUAACUUGCGUCAGUAACUGAGCCGAUAAUUUACUCCAAGUUCAUAAAGACAACACAUCGGCCCUCCCAAUUCCUACUGCUAAUUACCAGUUUUUUCAAUGGAAGAUCCUAGAAUGAUUGCCGUUUCCUGUCUCUCAGAUAAAUAACCGAUGGAGUGUCCAGUCCUUCGCCACCGACCACGCGGUGCCAAGUCAGGGCUACAUUCUAUACACCACCGACGACGACUUGAAACGAACCGUCCCCGCAGUUGCCUUUACAGGUUCGUUUACUGUCCUGCAUGUCCUUUCCUACUUUUCUUUGCAAGCAUAUCACUUUUGGACUGUAAACCUAAGUCGGAGAAUUCGUUUUCAUCUAUCUUGUCCUCUGUGAAAAUAAAACUCUCGUCUGUGCGUAGUACGCUCUACCGGCGCUGCUGAAUCAACUCCACACACAUUUAGUCUUCGUCAUUUUCUACCAACAAUUUAACUUGAAGGCCGCGUAGAAACUAGAACCCGCUGGCCAACACGGCACCAUUGAAGGCGAUCCGAACCAUUCCGUUAACACAGGUUUAAGGUGGCGAAUAGCCAACCCCCUGGACGCAGUGAAGACGUAUUUUCUCAGGCCCUCCUCCGACUGAUGAUUCGAAACUAAGAUUUGGGCUAAAUCUAAUCAAAGUAACCUACCUCGUUGAUAACGACUACUAAUCCUUAAAUGGGAAUUUCAUCUUUCCCAAUUUUUUGGUAUUUCCCCAACCCUUUGAAUGUCUAUUUGAUUUACUCUUACUGUCGCAACUGCUCUCCUAGAAAGUCGGGUUUCUGACGUAUCACCCCUCUUCUCCUUGCUAACAACCAUUAUAGCGGAAGAAUAGAAAAAAUCGUUGUAAACCUCUAGCCGUUCGCCAACGUUGUCGAACACCACCACUUAAUGGACUUAUCAAUGACGUAAACUAAAUGACUUCAAGAAGUCAUGUACUGCGAUCCCAGCUAAAUGCCAGAGGGUUAAUUUUUGUAGUUUUAUAUGCUUGAUGGGGCAUUCUGACCGGUACACGCCGUCAAUUAUGGAAUUUUCCCAAGCUGCUUGCUGUUUUGAGUCGUCAGUUCUUGCUAGCCCAUACUAUUCUAAUUCAGUGUCCAGCGCGGUGCCCGGAGUCCGCUGCACCUGUUUCUUUCUUUUUAUAACUAUGUGUAAACGACCUGCCCCGGUCAUUGUCUUGCUUUCUCUGCACACAGGGCUAAACUGUCAAGAGAAUAUAUUGGUUAUUGUGUCCUCACUCUAAUCUCAGCAUCUUCAUCAGCCUUCGUUUAUGUUUUGCAGGUGACACUCGUUUCUCCAUAUUCGAUCAGCCUGCGCACCCAGAUCUACUGAAGGUCAGGCUCCUAAUAACUGAGGCAACCUACCUGGACAGACCCGAUAAGCACAUGUCCAACGCGCAGUUGCAUGGCCACAUUCACCUGCUGCAGUAUGCCCGAAACGCAGACCUAUUCCACGUGCGUUUAACUUUAACUUUAAAAACCAAUCUACGUAUGAUGAGAAAGUAGAACGUAGUUUUAACUUAAACCUGCUGAUCUGGGGCGGCUUUUAGGACCUACUCGAAGUCGUCCAAACUUGAGAGGAUUUCAUGGCGUUAUGUGCGACUGUGGUAAAAACGCAUUGUAAGCAACAUCCGGAGCCAUGUUUUAAUACAAUGCAGAGUUAGUCGAAAACGUUUUUAGCUUAAUGAGUUUACAAAUUUUAUCUGUGGAUAGACUUAAAUGAUUGAAAACGCGGACCAUUGGUGAUCAGGCCAGCCGAGUAAGGCGCCUUGGUUUUUCUCUUCGGGACUUCCGUAUCCAGACCUAUCAAAUAAAAAAAUAACUACCACAAAAGGCACUAUGACGAAGAACACAAAUGACACUGAAAUCUUUCACAUUCAGGUUAACACUCCUUUACCUAGUACCUGUGUUGCUAGUAUGGUAUCUUGUAACACUAAAAUAUACUGCUAGCCGCCUGUUGGCAGGUAAUGAAUAUUACGCAAUAAUCCCACUGUGGCUGGCGGACUUUGGCCCAAAUAUUCAUGCGUCGAAUUUCGGUCUGCGCCUGUAGACCUUGAUAUAUACUGACCUACUCCAAGUUCGCAGUUAAUUUCUGAGGAGAUUAAAAUGCAGCCAUUCCAUGCUAACUGAUGAUCCCUUAACCACGUAGCGACUGUUGGUACAGAGUUUCAUGAAGGCCCUCCAGGCUGCUUGUGGGCACUAUAAACCCCUGCGCAAGUCACCGUCCCUGCUCCAACCUGCUGUGGGGCACACGGUGGACAUCAUCGAAAUCGAUGGUCGAACUGUCAUGGGAAACAUGCGCGAGCAUGUUUUUUCGUGUGCUCAUUUGGUAGCACAUCGCGCUUUCAAACGCAUUACCUGAAGGAUGGGUAUUUUUGGUUUCCAAAAACCCUUUUGAUCACGGGGCUUUUUGAGGCUGAAAUGUGCGUUCAUACGGCAUCCUAUCUGUCCGUUUAUUAGUGCUGCUUGUUAAGUAUAUGACGUGAUUCACACUCGUGGCAAAAUUAUGAGCCCUAUAUGGCAUCUUAACAGCAUAGAUAAAUGUCCGGCUUUCCUUAAGCGGAAAGUCUACAGGAUAUGGUUGGGAACUCUAUGCGAAAGUGCUACUGCAGAUCGAAUUCAAAAUUAUUCGGGGGUCAAAAGAGUUUUCUAAACCUAAGUAUGCCCUUUCUUCAAGUAGAAUUUAAAGAAAAUCAAAUCGAAAAUCAACGGGAAUAAUCCAUGCUCCCUAAGCAGUUAUUUUUUUACCGUGCGGUUUCUGCAGGCGGCCUAAAAGCCGACAUCAUGGCGUGUCUGAAAUGCCUUGGAAUUAUGUUACACGAUAGUCAAUAUUACAACCCCACCGAAGUAAUCCUUUCAAAUCAGAAACACAUUUCAUAAGUUCGGUUAACAUUUCAUGAGGCAGGCCAGCCACGGUGCAUUCAUGGUGGCUGGCUUGGUGGUAUUAGUAGCUUGGAUACCAAGUCCGGCCUCCUCAGGCGCAGCUAUCCACAACGAAGAGACAUGGCUCCCAGACCGUUACAGCGUUCUUCGUCAAAUAUUCUGCUGGUUUCAGCCGCACACUAGUGGGGGUCCUAUAAUAUAUUGGGUAGAACGCUGUCUCUUUGUUGUCCGAGUGCCCCGAUUCGAUCUCAGGUCUUGUCGAUUUUUCCCUGACGACGCAUGCCAGUUGAUGUUGGCAUAAACAUUACUAUUAUUUGCGCGUUCAGGCCCAUUACUACGUACUCUACUUCCACUGUGGACACAGCGCUCUUACAUUUCUAUAAGGCGAAUUGUCAGAGUGACAGUCAUCGGACUUAUUUAAUCGAUGUUGGUGACUGAUUAUCAUCCACGUGCGUGGUCUAAGACGCAUUUUACUUGUCUUUUCUGAAUUUUGAAUCGUCUAACAGCCGGAGCGCCCAUGCCGAUCGCUGUAUGUAACUUGUCAUAAAAAUUUUCCUCUGCGUAUCCUCAACCUUCGGGCCUAUAACUUGCAUCGCAGCUUAUCUAACUUUGCCCGGAAAUGAUCUAGUAGUGGUCGAUUUUUUGGCCACCAAAUGAGUCGGUCAAGGCGAAUGACCUAGCAUGUACAGUUGCGCAAUUAUAGUCCUAGAGGUCCACGGACUUGGUAUAACGUCGUUCCCUCUUGCAUAUAAUUUUUAAAAGCUGCUUUUCUUUUUUAGGCGGUCGAGGCGCUCUACCUCAUUCACUUUUCUGAUCGCUACUCUGUGCGGCAGAUUGUGGAUUUGGUAAAUAUGACUCUCCCGGGAGCUCUGUUAAAGAAGACGUAUCUCUGUUUGGCUGCGAAGAAAGCUCAGAAUUUGGACUGUUAA